AUAAAACAAACAAAGGUUUUGCUUUUGUUGAGUUCGAAGAUGAAGCUGGUGCUAAAAAUGCUCUUACAUACUUUGAGAGUAUUGGGUGUAAAAUGCCAUCAGAAACAAACCCGGAGAAUUUAAAGAGUAUUCAGACAUUUCAAGAAAAGGGUAUUUUUGUUCCAUCCGAAUUACCUUAUUCACAUCCAAAAGUGGGGAAACCACGCCCAAAAGUGGGUGAUGUCCAGAAGGAGAUUAGAUUUAGUUAAUUUGAUUGGUGAUAAGGUUGUUUGGAUGUUUGACUGAUGGGAUUGUGUGGGAGGUGAAGGUACUGUGCUGCUGUUUACAUUUUACCUUACUAUCCCUUGCAAGAUAAUUCGGAUGGAGUUUCCCAGAUUAGGAGACUGGGGCGAUAUCAAGCACAAAAUAAUUCCAUCCGAAUUAUCUUGUUUAUCUUUUUUACUAAUUUUCGUUUAAAAUGGUAUUUUAUGGAUAACAUUUAAUUUAACUCACAUGCUAUGUAGAAUAAUAAAUUUAAUAAAAAUAGUUUCAUUUAGUGUUAUUAUUACAUUAACUUUAAUUAGUUGUAGUGUGAUACUGUAUUUUAACAGACAGCGCGAAGCCGCUCGGUAAACGGUCGAAUCCGUAUAUAGGAGCCGACUUGCCGAAUGACGGUCCGGCACGAAGGGGUUAAUGAACAAAUUGAAACUAGUUGUUUUAAAGUCAAUAGCAUAAAAAAUUUCAUUGUAAAACGAAUAAUGUUUAAAUUGUUUUUAUUUUUUUUUGUUUUUUUUUUUUUGGUAGUCAGUGUUAUCACCUCUAGUCCUUAUGCAAGCUUCGGUUUGCUUGGGCGCACUCCUAAUCAAAUUAUCAACAUUCUGUUGUGGUAGGUUGCUCCAUCCUUCAAGAGCAGCUUUUACUAGCCGUGCGGUGUUUUGUGAAUUAUCACGGCGAGCUCUAAUUUUUCUUUUAAGCAUAUCACAAAUACUCUAUAGUCUAUAGGGUUAAGCUCGGGUGAGCAAGCAGGCCACUCCAAACAAGGGAUACCUUCUGCUUCAAUGAUGUCUUUAGUCACUCUAAUGGUAUGUGGAGAUCCAUUAUCAUGCAUGAAAAUUAAAUUUUCUCCUGUUGCACCUCUCCAGAGCCUAACUACAGGCUAUCAACAUACCUGUGAGCAGUUAAAGUUGAUUGGAUGAAAAGUAAAGGAGUUUUUUUACGAAUCACAAUUCCUCUCCAGAACAUUACACUUCCCCUUGUAUAUUUGUGAACAGAUUUGACAGUUUUCGUUCUUGCUUGUCUUCCUCGACCUCUAAGUACACGAUUUUGUGAGUCGUCUAAUUUUACCAAUGAACUGUCAACACGGAUGGAAUGGCCCCGUCCCAUUCAAAUAGUGAAGCGAGAUUGCGGCCAACAUACAAGAGAGAGGUCCUAGAGAGAGACAGAGCUUGCCAGGGAAAAUUUGACUUCUUCAUUGGUUGGAUAUUAUCAUAAUGACCAGAGUUGCCAGAUGUGAUUUUAUAAAUCCCCCACUUAGAAACUGUAAUUCCCUCAAAUUAAGCUCAAAUCCCCCAAAUUAAAAUGUUUUCCGCAUGUUAAUAAAUUAAUAGUCAAAUGUAGAGGACAGUAAACCAAAAUUAUACUACUUAUCAACAGAGGGCCCUGGAAAUAAUGCAUAGGUCCUAUCUUCUUCGAUUAUAUGAGAGUAUAAUAUAAAGUUCUAUGUAUAUUGGCAAAUUUAAUUUCCCAUGACUCCUUAAAAUCUUCCAUAACUCUCCCCUCAAAAAAUCCCCCAACCAUUUCUGCUUAGAAAAAAUCCCAUAGACGCUUUCUUUUAAAUUACUCCAAAAUUGUAGGAAAAUACCCCAAUCUGGGAACCCUGACUAUCACUAUCAAUUUGUUUGUUUACGAAAGAUGGCGAUUAUCUUCCCUCUUUCCCUGGCUAUUACUCUCUCAUCCUGGCCGCAUUAAAUUCACUUCAUGCCCAUUCCAUCCGUGUUGACAGUCCAUUGACUAAAACAAGAAUAUAAACAAGAAAUAAAAAUAACAAAAGCUAAAAGUUGGGAAACCUUCGUAUCAAGACACUUAGAAUUAGAUAUGUGGGGAAUACCAUAUAAAAUAGUUUCUAAAAAAAUUAGAUGUCCGACAAUGCUUUCUACUUUAAAAAAAGAAGAUGGAACAUUUACACAAAGUUGGGAAGAAUCGGCCGAAACAUUACUUAAUGUAUUAUUACCUCCAGAUAAAUUAGAAGGAGAAACAGUAGAACAAAGAAAUAUAAGAGAAGAAAUGAUACAAGAAUACCAAAUAGAAGAAGAAAGAGAAAUAGAGGAAUUCACAGAAGAAGAAGUAUAUGAAAGUAUGAGAGAAAUGAAAAGAAAGAAGGCACCUGGACCGGAUAAUAUUCAUGUUGAAAUACUUCAAGCAUUGUCGGAACAAAUAAUUCCAGUACUAACAUCAUUAUAUAAUGAAUGUCUUAGACAAAGAAGGUUUCCCAAUAAUUUUAAACAAGCAGAAGUUAUAAUAAUACAUAAAGGGGAAGAUAAAGAUCCUGCCUUACCGAAAUCAUAUAGACCGGUAUGUUUAUUGAAUACAAUGGGAAAAUUACAAGAAAAAUUACUAUGUAAAAAAUUAAAUCAAAUAAGAACAGAAAUUGGAUUACAUCCUGGUCAGUAUGGUUUUAGGAAAGGUAGAUCAACAGAAGAUGCAAUAAAUAAAGUAUUUGAAAUAGUAAACGAAAGCAUAAAAAAGUAUGUUUUAAUGAUCUUUAUAGACGUGUCUGGGGCUUUUGACAAUCUUUGGUGGCCGUCAUUCUUUGAAAGACUUCGAAGAAUGAGAUGUCCAAAGAAUCUGUACGGAAGUCUCAGAAACUACUGUCAAGACCGAUAUGCAAGCCUAAGCUGUCCAACAGGAAAAAAGACAAAACAUAUCACAAAAGGAUGUCCACAAGGAUCAGUUUGUGGACCUAUGUUCUGGGAUGUAAUGCUAGAGGAACUGUUGGAACAAUUGACUAUAGAUCCUGAAGUGCUUGGAAGCAUAGCAUAUGCAGAUGAUUUGUUGUUGAUCAUAGAUGCAAACUCAAGAAGAGAAUUAGAAAAUAAAUCAAAUGAAGUAUUAAUAAGAGUAAAUGAUUGGAUGAAUAAAGUAAAAUUAACAAUAUCAGAUUCAAAAACAACAUAUAGUUUAAUAAAAGGAAAUUUAGAAAGAGAUCCAAUUAUAAAAAUUAGAGGGAAAACAAUAAAAAGAAAAAUGGAAACAAGAUAUUUAGGUAUUAUAAUAGACGAACAAAAAUUAUUUACAAAACACAUGAAUUGUGUCUGUGAAAAGGCAACAAAGAUCAUGCAUAGCAUUGCUAGUCUAGCACAGAAGGAAUAUAGAAUUUCGUUCCGACAGAUGAAAAUAUACCUAAGUACAAUACUUGCAUCAAUUGUAGGGUACGGUUCACGUGUAUGGGCACAUAGAUUAAUAAAUAAAAAAAACGCAGAAAAAUUAAAUAGAGCUCAGAGAGGAUUUCUUGUAAGAAUGACGGGAGCAUUUGGAACAACUGCAACACAGGCACUCACAGUUUUAACUGGAGUAAUGCCAAUGCAUUUAGAAACACAAAAAAGAGCAUGUAAUUAUUGGCUAAAAAAAGAAAAAUAUGAAAAAAUAAUACAAAUAAUAGGAUUAGAUAUAAGAAAUAAAAGAGAAUUAAAAGAAAUAAUAAAUAGAAAAAGACAAAAUGAAUGGGAAAAUUCAACAAAAUCUAGACGUUUAUACAAUUUUAUACCAAUAUUAGAAAACAUUCCAAAUUAUUUUAAUCCAAAACAAGGUUUAAUACACUUUUUAACAGGACAUGGACCGUACCCAACAUAUUUGGAAAGAUUUAACUUAAAAGAUGAUGCAUAUUGUGAAUGUGGAGAACUAGGUACACCAGAACAUAUAGUGUUACAUUGUGAAAAUACUAUAGAAAAUGAAGAACACAGAGAAAUGAGAAGAAGAUUAGAAAGAAUUGAAAUAAGAGAUAUAUUACAAAAUGAAGAAUAUUUUGAAAUAUUAAACAAUCUCACACAAAUAAUAUCUAAAAAACAACAAGAAAUCUAUAAUAAUAGAAGAAGACAACCAAUAAUCCAACCCUGAUGAAGUU